AUGAAUCUAUCUAUCUAUCUAUCUAUCUAUCUAUCUAUCUAUCUAUCUAUCUAUCUAUCUAUCGGAUUGCAGUAUAUGUUCGAUGCAUUAUCUAUCUAUCUAUCUAUCUCUCUAUCUAUCGAGCAAGUUAAUUCUUUUCAUUAUCUAUCUAUCUAUCUAUCUAUCUACCUAUCUAUCUAUCUAUCUAUCUAUCUAUCGAGCAAGUUAAUUCUUUUCAUUAUCUAUCUAUCUAUAUAUCUAUCUAUCUAUCUAUCUAUCGAGCAAGUUAAUUCUUUUCAUUAUCUAUCUAUCUAUCUAUCUAUCUAUCUAUCUAUCUAUCUAUCUAUCUAUCUAUCGAGCAAGUUAAUUCUUUUCAUUAUCUAUCUAUCUAUCUAUCUAUCUCUUCAAAUUGUCUAUCUAUUAUAUAUCUAUGCAUUUCUAUCUAUCUAUCUAUCUAUCUAUCUAUCUAUCUAUCUAUCAGAGCAAGUUAAUUCUUUUCAUUUCUAUCAUUAUCUAUCUAUCUAUCUAUCUAUCUAUCUAUCUAUCUAUCUAUCAUUUAUCAAGUUAAUCUCUUUUUCUAUUAUUAUCUAUCUAUCUAUCUAUCUAUCUCUAUCUAUCAAAUCUUCUAUCUAUCUAUUCAUAUAUCUUUGCAUUUCUAUCUAUCUUCUCAUUCUGUUUUAUCUAUCUAUCUAUCUAUCUAUCUAUCUAUCUCUGUUCUCUGUUCUUUUUCUGUCUUUUUCUUCUAUCUUCUAUCUUCUAUCUUCUUCUUCUUCUAUCUAUCUUCGUCUCUAUCUUCUUCUACUUAUUUUUUUUUUUCAUUUUUCUUUUAUCUUUUUAUCUUCUAUCUAUCUUCUUCUAUCUGCUAUCUUUUUUUUUUUAUUUAUCUAUCCUUUUGUCUGUCUAUCUAUCUAUCUUACGUCUUUCUGUUCUUUCCACUUUUUUUUCAUCUCAUCUUCUUCUUCUCUUCUAUCUUUUCUAUCUUCUGUCUUCUUCUUCUUUUCUUUACUUUUCAAUUUAUUUCAUCUUCUAUCUUCUUAUCUUCUAUUACUAUCUAUUUCUUCUUCUUAUUUUAUCUGCGUUUCUAUUAUCUAUUUGUUUCUUCAUCUAUCUAUCAUUCUUCUUUUAUGCUUUCAAUUCUAUCUAUUAUCUAUCUAUCUAUCUAUCAUCUUUAUCUAUCUAUCUUCGUUUCUUUUCUUCUUACUUUUUCUUCUAUCCAUCUAUCUAUCUAUCUAUCUUCUGUCCAAUCUUUUUUCAAUUUUAUCUUUCUUCUGUCUAUCUAUCUUUUUCUUUCUAUUUAUUUUUUCUGUCAUUUUUCUUUCUAUCUUCUUCUAUCUAUCUUUUCUUCAUUAA